AUGGCGUGGCCGUGCAUCACGCGCGCUUGCUGCAUCGCCCGCUUCUGGAACCAGCUCGACAAGGCGGACAUCGCCGUGCCGCUGGUUUUCACCAAGUAUUCGGAGGCCACCGAGCACCCGGGCGCCCCGCCGCAGCACCAGCAGCCCGCGCAACCGGCGCCCGCACCCCCCUCGGCGCGCGCGGUCGCCAUAGAAACGCAGCCGGCCCAAGGCGACGGGGAUGCGGUUGCCCGGGCAACAGGGCCGGCACCGGGGCCUAGCGGCGAACGCGAGGCUGGGGCCAUCUCUGGCCGGAGCGGGCCUGGCCCGGGCUCUGCCUCCGGCUCCACCUCCAGCGCGGGCCCUGCGGACUCGGUGAUGAGGCAGGACUACCGCGCCUGGAAGGUGCAGCGGCCCGAGCCGAGCUGCCGACCGCGCAGCGAGUACCAGCCUUCCGACGCGCCCUUUGAGCGCGAGACCCAGUACCAGAAGGACUUCCGCGCCUGGCCGCUGCCUCGCCGCGGGGACCACCCGUGGAUUCCCAAACCCGUGCAGAUCCCCACGUCCUCCCAGGCGGCGGCUGCUGUGCUCGGGGCGCCCCAGCGCCGGCCGCAAAGCCAGGAGCGCUGGCCGGUGCAGGCCGCCGCCGAGGCCCCAGAGCAGGAGGUGGCCCCUGGCGGAGCAGGUGGCCUUGCGGCAGGAAAGGCGUCCGGUGCGGACGAACGCGACAUACGUAGGAAGCCCGGGCCUGGCUGGAUGGUGCGUCGCGCCGAGGCGCUGGGGCACGAGCAGACGCCGCUGCCCGCAGCCCAGGCCCAGGUCCAGGCCACGGGCCCCGAGGGGGUCAAGGGGCGUGCGGCGGCCGACGCCCUCAACAGGCAAAUCCGCGAGGAGGUGGCGAGCGCGGUGAGCAGCUCCUACAGGAAUGAAUUCAGAGCAUGGACGGACAUCAAGCCUGUGAAACCCAUAAAAGCUAAGCCCCAGUACAAGCCCCCAGAUGAUAAGAUGGUUCAUGAGACCAGCUACAGUGCCCAGUUCAAAGGGGAGGCCAAUAAGCCAACCCCAGCUGACAGUAAGAUCAUUGAUCGCAGAAGAAUACGCAGCCUCUACAGCGAGCCCUACAAGGAACCGCCAAAGGUGGAGAAACCUAGUCUCCAGAGUUCCAAACCAAAAAAGACCUCCGCGAGCCAUAAGCCCCCAAGGAAGGCCAAAGACAAGCAGGUGGCAUCGGGCCGGGCCUCCAAGAAAAAGAGCGCGGAGGGUGCCAGCACCGCCCCGCCCGCCGACAAGGAGCAGAGCGCGGAGAUGAACAAUAAGCUGGCUGAGGCUAAAGAGAGCCAGGUCGAACCCACCAGUGAUUCACGUAAGAAUCAAGGUCCUGUAGCCACAGAACCAGACAAGGAUCAAGGUCCCAUGGGCCCAGGGCCUCUGAAAGAUCAAGGUCCUGUGAUCCAAGAGCCUUCAAAAAGUCAAGGCCCCACAGUCCCAGAGCCUAUGAAGGAUGAAGCUCCUGUGGCCCAGGGACCUCUGAAGGAUCUAGGUCCCAUAGUCCCUGCCUCAAUUAAGGAUCAAGAUCACACGGUCCCUGAGCCUUUAAAGAUUGAAGGUCUUGUCAUCUCAGCACCAGCCAAGGACCAAGAUUCCUUGGCCCCAGUGCCUCUUAAAAACCAAAGUCCUAUGGUUCCAACAAGAGUUAAAGAUCAAGGUUCUGUGAUACCAGAGCUCCUGAAGGAUCAAGGCCCUGUGGCCCCAGCACCUGUCAAGGAUCAAGGCCCUGUGGUCCCAGAACCUGUCAAGGAUCAAGGCCCUGUGACCCCAGCACCUGUCAAGGAUCAAGGCCCUGGGGUCCUAGCACCUGUCAAGGAUCAAGGUCCUAUGGUCCCUGAGCCUGUGGAUCAAGGCCCCAUGGUCCCAGCACCUGUCAUGGAUCAAGGUCCUAUGGUCCCAGAGCAACUGAAGGAUCAAAGUGCCGUGGUCAUAGCACCUGUGAAGAAUGGAGGUUCUGUGCUCUCUGAGCCUGUAAAGGAGCACGGUUUAGUGGUCCCAGAGCCAGUCAAAGAUCAAGGUGGAGGGGUCCCAGAGCUUCUAAAGGAUCACGAUUCUGUGAUUGCAGCAUCUAUAAAGAAUCAAGGUCCAGAACUAGUCAAGGAUCAAGGCCCCGUGGUCCCAGAGCCUCCUAAGAAUCAAGUUCCUGUGGUCCCUGAGCCUGUGAAAAAUCAAGUUCCUAUAAUCCCAGUGCCUCUGAAAGAUCAAGAUCCUCUGGUGCCACCACCAGCAAAGGACCAAGGUCCUGUGGUCCCUGAGCCUCUGAAGAUUCAAGGUCUCAGGAGCCCUCAGCUGCCCACUGUCUCACCUCCACCCCCAGUCAUAAUCCCAACUGUCCCCCACGCAGAAUAUGUUGAGAGUUCCCCUUGACACGCACCCCUUGACACGCCAAAGGAGGAGCUGGCAGUGAAAGUGCUCCCUCUCAGGGGCAGCGAAGACACUUAUUUAA